AUGGAUGCGUCGGACGAGGCGGCUCUUCGUGAGAAGGCAACCAAUCACAACGACGGUUCCGUUGCAACUGACAAGAUGAAGGACAUUCUCGAGGCGUGCAGAUGGAGGGACCUGGAUGCACUGAGAGUGCUCGCCGAGUCGCCAGGCGGGUUUCUCAAGGACAGCAUCCGCCAGAAAGCAUGGCCGGUGCUGCUCGGCCUCCCAUCUGCUGAGGACGGAAAUGAACCUUAUACCGCCCAGGAUGACGGGUCAUGGAAGGAGCUUCCUCGCCACCGGGACGAGGACCAGGUCCAGCUCGAUGUCAACCGGGCCUUUAUCUACUACCCACACCACCAGAAUGAAGCCGAGCUGGAACAGCAAAAGGCCGAGCUAUCGGCCUUGAUAGUCGAAGUUUUGCGGCGGUACCCCUACCUCUGCUACUUCCAAGGCUACCAUGACAUAUGUCAGGUCCUAAUGCUAGUGCUGCCGACGCCGCUGCGGGCGCCGGCCGUAGCGCGGCUCUCGGCCCUGCGCAUCCGCGACUUCAUGCUGCCGUCGCUGGCGCCGGCCAUCGCGCAGCUACGCCUGAUCCCCGACAUCCUGCGAGCCGCGGACCCGGCCCUGUGGCGCCACCUGUCCUCCACGGAGCCCUUCUUCGCCCUCUCGGGUACCUUGACCAUGUACGCGCAUGACAUCACAACGCUCGGCGAGAUCGCCCGCCUAUUCGACGUGCUGCUCGCCCGCGAGCCUGUGUUCAGUGUCUACAUGUUCGCCGCCAUCGUGCGCGGGCGCCGCGCCGAGCUCUUCGACACGCCUCGCGACGAACCCGAGAUGCUGCACAGCAUCCUCAGCAAGCUUCCCCGGCCCCUCGACCUGGACGCGCUCAUCGCCGACACGCGCGCCCUGCUCGACGCCUACCCGCCCGAGCGCCUGAGGGGCGCCCGGGGCUCGCCCUCGUCGUCGUCCUGGCGCCACACCAUCUCGCCCGCCAGCGUCCUCAAGACGGCCCGCGACCCCCGCGCCUGCGCCGCCCAGUCCAUGGACGACGGCCGCGCCUUCUUCGACCGCCAGGUCCGCGAGCUGCAGUGGCUCGAGCGCCGUGACCAGGCCAUCGCCCUGCUCCGCCGCUACCGCCGGCCCGCCGCCCGCACCCUCGGCCUCGCCGUCCUUGUCGCCGUCCUGGCCAUCGCCCUGCGCCGCUCGCCGCCGGGAGGACCGACCGGCCCGCUCGGCUACCUCUCGACACUUUUGACACGCUGGUUUAGGUAG